CUUUUAAUUUAAAACAAGACAGUACUUUUCGGAUCCUAGGAAUCGUCGUCUACAAGAUUACAUGUCAAGUAGAAUAAAUUCUCAUUUUUUUUGUCUACAAUUUCAAAACCGCUUUUUGCAAUCCUACGCACCAGUCACCACCUCUCUCUCUCUGUCUGUCUGUCUCUCUCUCUCUCUCUCUCCCCUCUGCAACUCCAAACCCUAACCCUAACUCUCACUCCUUACACCACCUCCUUCAAUGGCACCCAUGGAUCCUCACUCGUUCACCGACUCCACUCACCCACUCGCCAUCCACAUCUCUCUAUCUCUCUACUUCGACUUCUCAGCUUCCACAAUCCACGCCUCGGCCCUUCUCUCUCUACCAAACCCUCACCUCGGCUCUCUCUCUCUAGAUACUCGAUCUCUGUCCAUCACCUCCGUCAUCGACCCUAACACCAACACCCCUCUCCCAUUUUCUCUCUCUACAACCGUAGACCCCGUCAAAGGCCAAUCCCUCACCGUUUCUCUCUCUAACCACUCUAAAUUCCUGGUGAUCUUUUCCACAAGCCCUUCAAGCUCUGCUCUACAGUGGCUCUCGCCGCCGCAGACCUUCAACAAAUCGUUCUCCUUUGUGUACACCCAAUGCCAAUCGAUUCACGCCCGUUCGGUGUUUCCGUGUCAGGACACACCGGCCGCGAGGAUUUGCUAUUCGGCGCGGUUGAAUGUUCCGUGGCAGCUGUCGGCGGUGAUGUCGGCUCGGCACGUCGAGCGGCGGCCUCCGGUGGCCGGCGAGGCGGCGAUGGUUUGCGAUGAUUCGUUGUGGUGUGCAGAAGGGAGGGUGGUGGAGGAGUUUGUGAUGGAGCAGCCGGUGCCUUCGUACUUGUUUGCUUUUGCGGUUGGGGAGAUUGGGUACAGAGAGGUGGGGCCGAGGACGAGGGUGUACGCUGAGUCGGUGCCGGCGGUGUUGGAUGCUGCGGCGAGGGAGUUUGCGGGGACGGAGGAUAUGAUUAGGGUUGGGGAGAGGUUGUUUGGGCCUUACGACUGGGAGAGGUUUGAUUUGUUGGUGUUGCCACCGAGCUUUCCAUAUGGGGGGAUGGAGAAUCCAAGGAUGGUGUUUUUGACCCCGACGGUGAUCAAGGGGGAUGCCAGUGGAGCACAAGUGGUGGCGCAUGAGCUUGCUCAUAGCUGGACUGGGAAUUUGAUUACCAACAAGACCAAUGACCACUUUUGGUUGAAUGAGGGCUUCACGACUUAUGCAGAACGGAGAAUUGUUGAGGCCGUGCAAGGAGAGGACAGAGCUGCAUUAAAUAUUGGAAUCGGUUGGAGAGGCUUGGUCGAGGAAAUGGAGAGAUUCAAAGACAAUAUGGAGUUCACAAAGCUCAAAACAAACCAGGAAGGAGUGGAUCCAGAUGAUGUAUAUUCUCAAGUUCCAUAUGAGAAAGGUUUUCAGUUUUUGUGGCGCAUUGAACGACAGAUUGGAAGGCCUGCAUUUGAUGAAUUCCUCAAGAAAUAUAUUGCCACCUUCAAGUUCCAAUCCAUUGAUACUGAUAUGUUUCUCGAUUUUCUGAAAGUGAAUGUCCCUGGAAUAGAGAAUCAGAUUGAUCUAAAUCUAUGGACCGAGGGUACUGGUAUCCCUCCUGAUGCCAUGGAACCAGUUUCCAACAUCUAUUCAAAGAUUGUUUCGUUGGCAAAUGAGUUCAAGCUUGGUAGGAUGCCAAGAGAGGAUGAAGUUGCUGAUUGGCAAGGACAAGAAUGGGAGCUUUAUUUGGAGAACCUGCCCAAAUCUGUUGAAGCUUCACAGGUCUCAGCAUUGGAUGCACGCUAUAGGCUGGCCGAAUCAAAAGAUUAUGAGGUCAAGGUGGCAUUUCUCGAACUGGCCAUUUCGUCUAGGUGCAGAGAUUACUACGGCGAGGUGGAGAAGACUUUAAAAGAAGUCGGGAGGAUGAAGUAUCUUCGCCCUCUCUAUACCGCACUUGUACAGGGCACUGGAAAGGAAGAGGAAAAGAUAUUUGCCAAAAGGGUGUUCUCAGAGGCUCGUGACUGUUAUCACCCCAUAGCUCAAGGUGUCGUCGAGUCUAUCCUUUCUAAACAUCUUUAGAAUGUAUCCGUGCAAACUCACUAAUUUAGCCCCCAAUAUUUUGAUGUAAUCUCAACUUCUGAUCUUGGUGGGCGUUAUGUUAAUAUUGGCGCAUCACAUAGUUUUAGCGGAAAUGUUAUGCUAAAGAAUUGAUGUUUCUCUAAUGCUGAAAAAGUUAAUGCAAUGUAUCUCUUUCUUUUA